GAGGUUCAACAGAGAAGAAGAGCAUGACCAUGAAAACCCCUCCUCUUCACACACGUGUGGCCAUGUGUCGCACGUGGGCAAACCGCACAUACGCACUCGUAUAUGCAUGUGUCAUUUUAGCUCUGCUAAACCAUCAUUUCCAUAAUCUAAACACCAUAAUCUCCAUUUCCAUGUUGCUCUCUGAUGUAGUGCUUGCUUUCAUGUGGGCUACUUAUCAAGCUUUUCGCAUGUGCCCCAUUCGUGGCCGAGUUUUCCCGGAAACCCUAGCACAAGUUGUUAAAGAGAGUGAUUAUCCAGCAUUGGACGUGUUUAUAUGCACUGCUGAUCCAUACAAGGAGCCUCCAAUGAGUGUGGUGAACACUGCUCUAUCAGUGAUGGCCUAUGAUUAUCCGACCGAGAAGUUAUCGGUGUAUGUCUCCGAUGAUGGAGGCUCUCAGCUCACACUCUUUGCUUUCAUGGAGGCUGCUAAGUUUGCCAGAUACUGGCUACCCUAUUGUAGGAAGUACAAGAUACUAGAGAGGAGUCCUGAGCUGUACUUUGGAUCGGAACCUGCCUGGUUACCGGAGACUAGUGAUAUUAAGCUGAGGUACGACAGCAUGAAAGCAAGGGUCGAGAAUGUUGUCAAAAGGGCCUCCGUUUGUGUUGAUUAUAUUACUAAAGACAGGGAACUACAAGCUUUUACCAAAUGGACGGAUGGAUUUACCCACCGACACCAUCCUUCUGUGAUUGAGAUUCUGUUAGAUAGUGGAAAUGAUAAGGACAUUACAGAUCUCACAAUGCCGAACCUUGUCUAUGUUUCUAGAGAGAAAAGUGGGGCCAUGGCUCACAAUUUUAAGGCCGGUGCCCUCAACGUUCUGCUCCGUGUAUCGGCCACCAUGACAAAUGCACCGGUUAUCCUGACCCUAGAUUGCGACAUGUUCUCAAAUGAUCCACAAACGCCUCUCCGUGCUCUAUGUUUUCUAUUGGACCCUUCUUUGGAUUCAACACUCGCAUUCGUUCAGUUUCCUCAACUAUUCCAUGGGAUCAACAAAAAUGAUACAUAUGGUGCUGAAUUUAAAUUUGUGUUCCAAAUUGAAACUGCCGGGAUGGAUGGAUUGGGUGGCCCUAUACAUGUUGGCACCGGAGGUUUUUUCAGGCGACGAGCUUUCUUUGGAAGCCCAUCAUCAUUUGUGUUCCCUAAGACCCCAAACCCAAGACCUGCUCAUCUUCUGAAUGAGCCUAUUCAAUCCAAAGAAGUUUUAGCUCUGGCACACCAAGUAGCUGCCUGCAAUUACGAGAUCAAAACCAAUUGGGGAUCAGAGAUGGGUUUUAGGUACGGAUCCUUGGUUGAGGACUUCUACACUGGAUAUAGACUGCACUGCCAAGGAUGGAAGUCCAUUUUCUGUCAUCCCACAAGAGCAGCAUUUUUAGGGAAUGCACCAAAGACCCUUGAUGACUUGUUGAAUCAAACUAAGAGGUGGGCUAUGGGCCUCCUUGAUGUCUGCUUUUCCAAGGACAGCCCGGUAACCUUCGGAAUCCGAAAACUGAACCCUCUCUGGGCACUAUGUUAUAUGCACUAUGCUUUCUGGCCAAUUUCCUCUAUCCCAAUUACUAUUUAUGCCUUCCUCCCCCAGCUAGCUCUUCUCAACUCUUUCUCAAUCUUCCCAAAGGUGACAGAUCCUUGGUUUUUCUUAUAUGUAUUUCUUUUCCUUGGAGCUUAUGCACAAGAUUUUCUUGACUUCACAUUAGCCGGAGGGACGAUCCAGAGGUGGUGGAAUAGUCAGAGAAUGUGGUUGAUUAGGGUACUCUCGAGUUUUUCAUUUGGAAUGGUGGAAUAUUUACUCAAGUCCUUGGGCAUAUGUACAUCUGGAUUCAAUGUGACAAGCAAGGUGUUUGACGAUGAAAAAAACAGGCGAUAUGAGCAGGGGGUAUUUGAAUUUGGUGUAGCAUCACCGUCGUUCUUGCCAAUAACGACCGCAGUACUCAUAAAUUUAGCCUCAUUUGUUUGGGGAAUCAUAGAGAUCUUGAGGGGCAGAAGCUUGGAAGAUCUAUUUGUGCAGAUUUUCAUAGCAGGUUUUGCGGUGGUAAAUGGCUGGCCUGUAUAUGAAGCUAUGGUUUUGAGGACUGAUAAAGGAAAGAUGCCUAUGAAGAUAACAUUGACAUCAAUAGUUCUGGCAUGGGUUCUGUAUUUUGCAUCUUCUUUGGCAUUCUAGAAUAUGAGGGUUGUGGGGACUUCCAAGUUCUUGUACAAAUAAUUCAGCAGGAUUGAAGGUCUUGCUUACAUUACAUGACACUUCCCUUGGACAUGUAUGGAUCCUGGAAACAAGUUUUUUCAUUGACCUUAGUGUAAGGCAGGAUGUCUCCUAUAUGUGUGAACGCGUUUUAAAACCGUGAGUGCCAAGAUGGUGCAAAACGAACAAUAUCCUCACAGUCUGAGGCGGGUCCUGGCAAUAUUAAUCUAAUAAGUUGCUUA